AUGGCCCCACUACUCUACCUUGAUGUCCUCUUUGGAAUCAUGGCGCUCUCCGAUGACCCUACAAUCUCUCGGCUCAUGCGAGUAAACAAGUCCCUCAACAUCGAAGGGUCCAAGUAUCUUCUCGACGAGCCCUGCAUUUCGAUGAGGUCUAGCAAGAAUCUCGACUCUCUCAUCAGCUUCUUGUCCGCAUACAACGGCACUCGACUCGCUUUUCUCCGAGGUCUCUCCCUGGAGAUGCAAACACUCCAAACCUCGGUGGCCAGGCGCUUAGAUGACUUGCUUACGACACACGCCACCAAGGUCGUUCUCACUCAGCUCGACAUCCAACAUCUGGAAGCAAUCCUCAAAUCUUGCUCAUCUAUCUCUACCGCCUUUGCUAGGCUCACAACCGUCACCCACAUCCGUUUCGAAGGGGUCGAUGCAUCGGGCUCCGAGAUGCUCCGUAACUUCCAGUCCAAGGUUGAGCGCGCUGUGCUCCAGUGGCACCCUUUCGGUGCAGAGGAGGAAGAAAACAUUGGACGACUUUUCCGUGUACAAGAUACGAGGAUCCCGAUGCUUGUGCUCAGAAACUUCCAGUCGUCGCUCACUACCCUGGCGACAACUCUCGGCAACCUGCACCGGUUCCGUGGCGACAACACGUUCCAGGAAGUAUACCCCCUCCUCACCGACCUCCAGCUUCGCGACAUCAUGCUGCUCGGGAUGCAAACCCGCACAAUGAUCCGCGCGUUCCCCAACGCGCAGAAGAUCGUCAUACACCAACGCACCGCGAUCGAAUACGAUCGAUCCCACCCGAUCGACGCCCAGCACGAGCGAAACGUCGCCGACCAGCUCGCUCACGGCUCCUGGUCGUCCCUCGAGACCUUCAUGGCCGGCAUCCUCGACCUCUACCUCAUAUCCCCGACCUGCCCGAUCCGCGAGGUCCACAUCGUGGGACCGCAGAUGCAAACGCGCUUGCUCCGCCGCAUUCUCAAGCGCACGCGCACCACCCGGCUCGCUUUCUCCGGGUUCGAAGGCAACCUGUUCACGCCCGCGCUCACGGAGAUGAUGCGCAAGCCGUGCGUCGAGCGCGUCGAGUUUCUCGAGCUCACGUUCUGGGUCGGGUGCGUGCUUCCGGCCGAGGCGAUCGACGCCCCCGAGAUGGUGGAGAGCUGGAUCUGCGCGAUAAGCGGGCUCCCGCGCCUCCGCGUGCUCGGCAUAGUCGUCCACCUCGAAAACCUCCAGGCCGGCCGCGCAAGCCCGCAUGAGCCGUGCGCGGCGUCAGCGUACUUCACUUGCCUGGACGUUCGUCUGUUGCAGCUGUUCAAGGCCGAGGUCCCGUCGCUCGAGACCGUCGAGAUGGCGGUGGAAGGUGCGCGCGGGCAGCGCGCGCCUGUGUACGCGCGCCUCGGGCCGGAGAACCCGGAGUUCAAGAUGUACGCCUCGACGUUCCGCUGCUCAUUCUUGUAA